CCAGAGAGGCCAGACUUGUGCUUAUAUACUAUCCGUGAGCUGUCAGUAGCUCUUGAUACAGCGUGGAUAGUUUAUUUAUUUAUUUUUUUUUUUUAUUUUUAGUUUUGUCCAUACGCAAAAGUAUCUUGUCGAGCUUCUUGGAAUUCUUGUGUACCAAUUCGCGUCCGCGACGCGAUAUGGCUACGAUUGAUUUUCAACAUCUGUUAUUGCUAAUUACAUUGUUCACUGCAGCAUUAACCUCAUCUGUCAAUACGGGACCAGAUGGCAUAUCCUCGGUAUCGCCAAUUCCUUCCGAUUCUCCGCCCAAAUCGUUGUCAUCGACAGUCAAAUACUCAUCUGAUGUAAUCAGUGAUAAGAAAGUAUCGAAGUUGCAGUCUACACCAUGGAUGGCUGCCAUGGAAGGAGGAGGAUCUAUAUCAAUAUCCACAAUUAUUCCACAUGCAAACAUAAGUACUGAUAAUAAAUUAAACAAGCUUGAUGAAUCCAAAGCAAGAAAGAAUAUGCCUAAAGAGAAAAAUGACAGUUCUUCAGUGGUCACAAGGAAGGAGAAGAUAAAGCCGAGAAAAGGUGUAGAUCAGAAUAUGGAUCCACAGAUGACAAAUAUAUCACUUAAUCAGACCACUUUAGAGAAUACAAAACCUGUGAUAGAAACUGUCUCCACUGAAACUGCUCAUGUCAAUAGUCAAUUUGAAACUUCCACCAUUGUUACUCUGAAAUUAAAUGUCACCAAUUCGCAUAUCAAUAACAGCUUAAAUCGCAGUAUGAAUUCCAGUUAUUUUACUACAAGUUUAAUACCAACAAAUAUAACUACAUUUCACAUAGGGGCUGUAAAUCAUACAAUAAUGCCAAAUUCCUCGCAUAUUGAGAAACACAUACCGAAACCUAAACCGACAGUGACAACCGUUGACGGGCCGGAACCGAAUGAAUCUAGAUUGCCCUUACGAACAAAAAACCCUCCACUGGGUAUGCCGAGAAAAAUCGACUAUAUCGUUCCGGUCAUUAUAACGAUCAUUGCUUUACCAAUACUGGGUGCUGCUAUUUUUGUAUUGUACAGACGCGGUCGAGAUUGCUGGGAUAAGAGACACUACCGAAGGAUGGAUUUUCUGAUUGAUGGAAUGUACAAUGAUUGAAAGUCGCGUAUGAGAAAAUGUUCAUUUCACGCGAGUAAAUGGGUGUGUAGUUAUGCAACAGGAAAUUCAAUCAUCAAUUUCUAUAUUCUUCCAUAAAUGUAAAUUUGUACAUAUUCUCUCAAAACAACCAAGUAUGACACUUAGCAUUGGUUCCUUCUUACAUAAUAAUAUCUAAAACGACAAUAUCUAUUAUUCGAAUAUAUCAAAGGGUUUGACAUUUUACUAUGCACUUAUCAAUGUAUAGGAAGAUAUAUUAUACUAUUUAUAAUAUUAUAAUGUCUGAACUCUAGCUGAACUUUAGCUACGCUAAAGUGUCCAAACUUGCUAUAUAGUUUCUUUAUUAUACUAUUGCCUUAAUAGUGAGAUAAUGAAAAUUUUAUAAUUUAUUACAUGGUAAUUGAUAUGUUGUUUAUUUUUGAGAUUAUAUAUAUAGAAAAACAAAGACAUAUUUUGUCAAAGACAUCGAAACAAUGACUUUAGAAGUACUUUUUAUAGCAUCUUUUAAAAAAAUUUAACAUAAUUGUUUCAAUUGCGAAAUCUGACAAUAAUAAUAGCAAUCUUAAUUUCUACAGAGCCAUGAAUUUUAUAGGAAUCUUGUGUCCUCGAUUUGCAAGAUAAAAAGAUAUUAUGUUUUGAAAGUGCUCUCUCAAUGAAUAAUAUUCAUGCCAUUCUUUCCAUAAGAGCCAUUAUUUGUAAGAUAUGUUUGACAUAUAUAUUUGAGAUGCGAUAAUUUACACAAAUUUUUACCAAAGAAUUACUCAAUUCGUGUAAUAUAUCGUGUUUAUUAUUUGUAUUUUUUAUAUUAUAUUUAUAAUGCAGCAUUUUUCUUUGUGGGAUGUUUUAAAAAUCUCUAAUCUGUUCAACUAGUGUAGGAUAUUUUAUCCACAAUUGUCACACACAUAGAAAAUAAAAGAAAACAGCAUGAAAUAUUUGUCUUGCUAUGUAAAUAUGAUAAAAAAUGAUUUGCGGAAUUAUUCAAUCUAUGUAAGACUUUUUGAGAUUGUGAUUUUUGGAAAUAAGAUUGCAUUUUUUAGACCUUUGAAAUAUAUAUUUUGUCAAAUACAUAAGGGAAAGCAAUAAAAUAAUAAUUAUUUUUGUACUAUGUAAAAAAAAAAAAAAAAA